AUGGAGUUGUCCAAAGCCAUGAACGACAUUUUUGGUUUACCUGACGAUGGAAAGAGUACGGGUCAGACAUUUUUACAGUCCAUGGAAAGCAUCGAAGUGCUUGAGGAGUCUUUAAACGAUGAGGCGGAGAAGGAAGCUCGUUUUAAACAGCUGAUGGAUUUUUACAAAAAGCAACCGUUGAAAGUUGACAUGCCUGUGACCCAGGAGUGGUUGGAAAAACACUAUGGUCACCCUGUUCCACCACCACCACCCAGUUCUCCAUUGGAACCUUAUUCGCCACCCCCUGUGACCCAGGCAGAUCCCAUCCAAAAGCUGAUGGCUGAAGUCACCCAAGAAGAGAGAGAGAAGGCCAAUGCCGAUUAUAUCAAUGGGGGUAUCCUGCCCUGUCCAUUUCAUCCCUGUGAAAACGUCAAAUGUUUGAAUCCCGAGGCAGAAUUUGGUGCUUUGUACUACCGAUGUCCCUAUCCCAAUUGCUGUGUUUGGUUUACCAGCGAGACUUAUGGGAUAGUGCUCGAUGUGUUGCAGAACAUCACCAAUAAGAAGCUGCUUCCCCUGUUCCAAGACGCCAGCUUGAGGUGCGAGUGUAACCUGGUGCCUAACAUGAAGCUGAGCAAGAGCGAAAAGAAUUAUCACAAAGUGUAUCUUUGCUGUGGCAGAAAAAACAAGGAGCAGAGGUGCGGCUACUUUCAGUUUACCCACUGGAGUCCCUGGAGCCCUAAAAGACAAGCCCACCAGCCCACCAUGGAUGACUUUUUUUCUGGUGAGCCCCUUACUUACCAGCGACAAAUGAGGAGCAUACAAAGUAGGAAUUACAAGAGGACAACCCCCAGUCACUCAGUCAAUAAUAAUAAUUAUUUACAAUAUCGUCCUCCCCAGAGAAAUGAGUUUUACAGACCCUCUCCAAACUACAGUCCCAAGCCCUAUGAGUUUUCCCCAGAGAGGAAAACUCUGUUGGAAGAACCCAUAACCAGACGGUCCCCUGUGAAGGAAGAGUACUUUAGAAAAAGGUACAACUUUAGCAACCAAAUGAAACCAGCAAGUGAGGAUGACAAACCAGAGCCACCCAUUCUUUAUAAGAGGAAACUGGUCACAGAGGAGGAUGAUGAUUUUGGGUGGCCUGAACGUGCAAAGAAAAGAUUCAUAGAAGAAGAAAGAGAAUACAAAGGCAAGGACCACCUGUUUGGAAGUUACAGAAAGGAUCCCUGGAUUCAGCAGUUUAAAAGAGAGGCAGACCAGCAAGAACAAUACAGAGAAAAAAGGUUUUUGCAAGAAUGCGAUGCUAACAAUGCAGAAAGAAUAAAGAACGGCAUGGCUCCUUAUUCGUACGAGACUUUUAAGAAAUUUGGAACUGGCAUUUUUUAA